CAUGGUCUAGGAUGGAUAGACUGCCUCGUGAUCUGACGUGAACGUCGCGUUGGAAGACUAAUGUUCAACACCCAUCACGUGACCCACUUUGCGGUGACGUUGAGCAGUCAUUUCUCCCUCUUCCAAUGGCGCAGGUCGGUGGCUAGCCAGUCGCCAUCCUUCGUUUCCGCUCCUCGAGUGUUUUUCUUCCGUCACCCACUGCAAGGUCAUCAUCGCCUUCCGCCCAACACACCAAACCUGUGAACGACGGACGUCUCGAUAAUCACCUCUUUUGCAUCUCCUAUCGCGCAUCGCGGAUUGCAAUUGUCGGAUCACAUCGAGCACGAAGAAAUUCCGCCCGAGGAACGCGACUAGGCGCGCGUGCUAAGCGAGUUCGCGCCGCCCAAGCUCAAUCAAGCUCUCCGCGCCACGCGCCAUCACCACUCAAAAGCGCGCCAUCAUCAUAGGAUCGCUUUGACUUUGCAAUUUCGACGCGACCAUCAUGGCAGACCAAGUUACUGAGAAGCCCGACGUCGCGGCACCCGCGACCGAAGGCAAGGACGCUCCCGCCACCGACCCCAAGCCAGACCAGCAGGAAUUGGGCAAGGAUGGCGAGGCCAAGACAGAAGAAAAGAAGGAAGAACCUGCAAAGGACGAUGGCGAGUCGAAAGAAGAAGAACAGAAGCCUGCCGCCGAGGAGGAUAGCGAGAUGCCCGAUGCUGGCGAGGCCUCCAUGGUCGACGCAGAUCAGUCUCUGGCUGACACGACCGCAAACAAGACCCCCGCAAAGGCGAAUAACAAUCGGCGGAAGUCGACUGGCGGCAAGAAGUCUGGUGGCAAGAAGGGCGCGAAAGCCAAGGUCUUCUACCUGGACGCGAAGCCUGGUGACCACUUUCUGGUCAAACUCAAGGGCUACCCUGAUUGGCCCGCCGUUGUGAUUGACGAGGACAUGCUCCCCGAUCAGCUCAAGGCGAACCGACCCACGACAGCGAAGCAGGCUGAUGGAACCUACAACGAAAACUACGCCGAUGGCGGCAAGCGCGUCGGCGAUCGGAAGUUCCCCGUCAUGUACCUGCACACGAACGAGUUUGGCUGGGUUGUCAACACCGAUUUCCAGGGCCCGCUGACGGCCGAACUCGCCGAAGAGACGAUCAACAAGGGCACCAAGCUACGCAAGGAUCUUAGGGCCGCCUUCGAACUGGCUGUCGAGCAGCAUGAUCUGGACCACUACAAAGAGGUUCUGGACGCUCACAAGCAAAUGAUGGAAGAGGACGCGGCCAUCAAGGCUGCCGCUGCCGCUACACCCAAGAAGAGCAAGAAGAAGGGCAAUGACGACGACGACGUCGACAUGGCUGAUAGCGUCAAGAGCAAGUCGAAGAAGCGCAAGGCCGAAGACGAGACUCCGCAGCGCAGCGAUUCCGUCAAGAAGCCCAAGAUCAAGCUGAACACGUCGACCAACACACCCAAGGCAAACAAUGGCGCGGCAGCCAAGGAUAGCUCAGCUAAGAAGACGAAGCAAAAGAAGGGCGACAAGAAGGACGCUCCUCAGGACACGCCCGAAGAGCGAUUGGCUCGCAAGCAGAAGGAAGUGCUGUACCUUCGCUACAAGCUCCAGCGUGGACUUCUGUCCAAGGAUGCGCCGCCCAAGGCGGAGGAGAUGAAGUCGAUGGCUGAGUACAUCUCGAUGCUCGAAAACAUGCCCAAGCUCGAGGCCGUGGUCAUCAAGGAAACGAGGAUUUACAAGGUGAUGAAGCAGAUCAUCAAGCUGUCCAACAUCCCUCAUGAGGAGGAGUACCAGUUCAAGAGCCGAUCGCAGAAGCUGCUUGACGGCUGGAAUAAGACCCUGGCCAGCGACGAGUCUUCGGCAAAUGGUGUCAACGGCGCAAAGGAGUCCCCAGCUGAGGAGAACACCAAUGGUGAAAAGACCGAGGCGACUAAGGAACCUAAGGAGCCUGAGAAGGCUGCCGAGGAUGCGGAGAAGACCAAUUCCGCGCAGCCUGACUCUGAGAAGACUCUGUCCGUGCAGCCCAAGUCGGAGAGAACCGUAUCCGCACAGCCCGAGUCGGAGGCGGAGAAGAAGGAGGACAGCGAGACGAAAGCAGAGGCGAGUACCGUCGCGGCCACGGCGUAGAGUCGAGUCGAUCUGAGCAGAAUAUGGCGGUGAUACAUUCGUGGGCAUGUGGCGAUAUUCCUCCGCGUGAUUGAAUUGGGCGUUCCGGGUGAUUCACUUUUUUGAAGGCCGAAAAGAUAGGUAGCGAACGGGCCGUGUACAAGUAAGCGCUGGCAUGCAGCGAAGCGCACAUGGAGGGCACGGCAACGUGUUGGUGAUGGCUUCCUCACAGGGAGGGCGCGGGCGAUGCAGGCAUCUCAUCCAUCCGCCAGCCAGACAGCAACGGAUAGAUGAGCAUGGGUUUGUUUGUUGAGAUAGGCUACGGAGGUCUGGCUGUAUAUGAAUUCUCCUACGCUAGCAAAUUAUGGUUCUCCGAGCUUGAAUACAGCGCCAGGUCAUUCAUUCAUCG